CAAAGUCUAGACACAAAGGUGAAAAAGGGAGAUAUUUUGCUGAAAAUUGGCAAGGUUUUUUUUAAAAAAAAACAAGUAAAAAUUGGCAAGAAUUGGUUUACAUUUGGCCACGCCUAAAAAUUUCCCUCCAACCUCUAUCCACAUAAAUAGUUAAUUAAAUCCAUAAAAUUAAAUAAAAAAAUGCUGCAAAUAUAAAGUUGAACAAAAUAUUUCUCCAGCAAAAAGUAUACAAAUUGAAAUAGAUUUUACAGAAAAAAAAAAAAAAUUGUUUUCUUUAACUAGUUAGUAUUAUAUUCAUUGAUAUCUGGGUUUUCAAUGUUGUCUUCUUCAUCAUGCCUUACAUCAUCAACUCCUGCAUUCAAACUCAAUAAACAUCAAUUAAUUCUUCAUUCUAGGGGCUUUUCUGCUCCUUUAAGAUUCUGUCACCCAGAAGGGAGCAAAUACCAAAUUAGUAGGAGGGGUAUUGCUUUGAGAGGAAUUGUAGCUACUGGAAUUACAGCCAUGGAGUGGGCUUCCCUUGCUACCAAACCUGUACAAGGGCUGGAAAUACUGCCAUACAAGCCAGAAGGAUAUAAUUUUUGGAAUUGGAGAGGUCACAAAAUACAUUAUGUGGAGCAAGGAGAGGGUCCCCCAAUUGUUCUUGUACAUGGAUUUGGUGCCUCGGCAUUUCAUUGGAGAUACAACAUACCUGAGUUGGCUAAAAGGUACAAAGUCUAUGCAAUAGAUUUGCUUGGGUUUGGAUGGAGUGAGAAAGCCAUCAUCGACUAUGAUGCUAUUGUUUGGAGAGACCAAGUGGUUGAUUUUAUCAACGAAAUUGUCAAGGAACCUGCUGUUCUGGUAGGGAACAGCCUUGGAGGCUUUACUGUACUGGCAUCAGCGGCUAGUUUGCCUGAAAAAGUUAAUGGAGUUGUACUUUUAAACUCUGCUGGCCAGUUUGGAGAUCCAAAUGCCAAAAUUGAAGAAUCUGAGGCGAAUAUCUUGGAGAAGCUUGUAAAGCCUUUCAAAGAUAUUUUUCAGCGUGUUUUUCUUGGAUUUUUAUUCUGGCAAGCAAAACAACCAGCUCGUGUAGAAUCAGUGCUUAAAAGUGUAUACAUAAAUAGCUCUAACGUGGAUGACUACCUCGUGGAGUCCAUUACUCAACCAGCAUCAGACCCUAAAGCUGGAGAGGUUUAUUACAGAUUGAUGUCUCGGUUCAUGUCAAACCAAAGGAAGUACACACUUGACAGCCUCUUAAGCCAAUUGUCUUGCCCGUUAUUACUGCUCUGGGGAGACCUCGACCCUUGGGUUGGUCCUACCAAGGCCAUGAAGAUCAAGGAAUUCUAUCCUAAUACAACAGUUGUAAAUCUUCAAGCUGGACAUUGCCCUCAUGAUGAAGUCCCUGAGCUCGUCAACACAGCUUUAUUGGAUUGGUUGUCGAGUUUAAACCUCGAAAAAUCACCGUUGUCAACCCCUGUAAAUGUAUCAUGAAAUUUUGAUGAGUAUAUAUAUAUAGUUUGUACAUUUGUAUCAACUCUUAAGUGUAAGUAUACUGUAAAUUUUCAUUA